AUGCCGUUGCAGCCUCCCGACCUGGCCGAGCCCGGGCCCGGGUCUGCCCAUGGGUCUGUCGACUCGCCUCAUACCAUCAGGCUCGGUCCAGACCUUUCCCUCGCCAUACAGCACGAUUCCCUCGUCGUCCACGACGCCAGGCCGCGUGCUGAUAAAAAGAGCAGGACAUGCGGCUUUGGCUCGUCAGGCCCCGCACGCCCUCCUGCGCCGUCCUCAAUCCCCCUCUACAACAUCCUCUGGGCAGAGCUCGACAGUGCCCACGCCACCCUGACCAUCGAUUACGCCCGCGAGGUCUCCAAUACGCUCCGCCGAGCUGCCAAGCUGUCCUUCCCUCUCAGCCCAGCCACUGCGACGGCGACGGCGACGGCGACGGCGCCGCCCGACCCGGUGGCCGAGUGGGUCCAACAUCUCAUGGCCCGCUCCUAUGGCCCAGCCCCGCGCCGCAGACGCGCCUACGUCCUCGUCAACCCACACGCCGGCCCCGGCGGCGCAGUCAAGAUAUGGGAGAACCAGGUGAAGCCCAUCUUCGACGCGGCGCGCAUGCCCCUCACCAUCCACCACACCACCUUCUCGGGCGAGGCCGUCGGCCUGGUCGAGAGCAUGGACAUUGACCAGUUCGACAUCGUCGUGCCCUGCAGCGGCGACGGCCUCCCCCACGAGGUCUUCAACGGCUUGGGCAGGCGCCCCGACGCAAAGCGAGCCCUGCACAAGAUAGCCGUCGCACACGUCCCCUGCGGCAGCGGCAAUGCCCUCGCCUGCAACGUCUUCGGCACCCACAGGCCCUCCCUGGCCGCCCUGGCCAUCGUCAAGGGCGUCGCCACCCCGCUCGACCUCAUCAGCAUCACCCAGGGCGACAGGCGCAUCCUGUCCUUCCUCAGCCAGGCCCUGGGCAUCAUGGCCGAGGCCGACCUCGGCACCGAGCACCUGCGCUGGAUGGGCGAGCACCGCUUCACCUACGGCGUCGUAAUGCGGAUAUUGAAGAAGAAGGUCUAUCCCUGUGACCUGUGGGCCAAGGUCGACAUAGACCACAAGGACGGCGUCAGGGACCACUACAGGCGGGAGAGGGAGAACAGCUCAGCCGUCGAGCUCGACAGCAUGGCCACGGUCUCGCCCGGCCCCAAGGCGCAAGCCGGGGCCCAGAGCUCUGUUGCGGACUCGGACUCGGCGGCCGGGAAUGACGACGCCACCGGGCUGCCGCCGCUGAGGUACGGCACUAUCAACGACAAACUCCCCCAGGGAUGGGAGAAGGUCGGGGCGGACAAGGUGGGGAACUUCUACUGUGGGAAUGUCGCAUACAUGGCUCCCGACGUCAUCUUCUUCAACGCCGCCUGGCUCAACGACGGGCUAAUGGAUCUCGUCACCGUCGACGGUGACGUGCCCACCCCGAAAGCCCCAGGCCUCCUCUUGUCCGUCAGCAACAACUCCUUCUUUGACAAUCCUCUCGUCACGUACCGCAAGGUUUCGGCUUUCCGCAUCGUCCCCAAGGAUCAAAAGGACGGGUUCAUCAGCAUAGACGGCGAGAAGGUCCCCUUCGAGCCAUUCCAGGCCGAGGUACACCAGGGCCUGGGCAUGGUCAUCACAAAACGCGGCGUCAUGGAACACGUUGGCCCGAGGAACUGGGACCAGGUUACCGCGACCCAGCGGCUGAUGGCGUAG